AAUUGGCAGCACUGUAUUUUUUUUGUGUGGGGGGGUAAUAUUUUCUGUUUCAAUUUGUUUGCCGUUUCAAUUACAGAUUAUAAACGCGUACCUCCUGUUGUUGGUGAACAAACGCAACCAAAUCAGCGUGGAAAAGGUUUCCUAUAUUGACUCAUUUGCAAUGACAAAUUUAUGGAAUGGAAAGAGCCAGAGACUCAAGAUCAACCCGGUGGAAUACAAACUUAUUGUUGGCAUUGUCAAUGAGCAUAAGCAUUGGAAGCUGGCGGCAAUCAUGCCAGGAGAAAAAAAGUCCUUACUAGUUGAUCCUCUUGGUGAGUCUCAAAUGGACAUUAAAAAAUGCCUGGAAUCAACCCGGGCGUUCAUGCGCAAGAAAGGGUGCAAUGUUUCCAGGUGGACUUGUGGCAUUGUCCCCCAUCCCAGGCAACAAGAUUCAACCUCUUGUGGUGUAUUUGCUUUGAAAUUUGCAGAACAUCUUCUUUCAAAUGAAGAAAUAGAUUUUUCAGCAAAGGCACAUGAUGUAAAUAGGUACAGGCUGCACAUUGCCACCACACUUCUAUUAGAGACUGAUGAUUUAUCUGACUUGUGCUUUGUUUGUGGGGAAGCUACACAUGACACAGACAACAGAUGGAUUCAGUGUGACGAGUGUUGCAGAAAUUAA